AUGAGUUUUAACAUUGACGAUCCUCUGGCUGGAAUUCUAAGUGAUGGUAGUGAUGACAGUUUUUUCGAUGACGAUGUAUUAGGGAAAAAGAAACCUGCUAAGAAAAAGACGACUCCAACUGUAGAAAAGAAAAGCGCCCUGUUUGAUUUGAGGGAUGCAGACCCCAAACCCACUGCCAGCACUGAAGAUAAGAAGGAUUCGUUGUUUGACAUUGAUUCAAAAAAAUCUCCGACGCCUUUUAAGCGGACAGUCUCAAAAGAAUCUAUAAAAUUUACUCAAUCCGAUACUAAAGUAAAGGGGGCACUUGAUAAAUUAGAUACCAGUAAAUCGCCAGCGAAGCCUAAAGUAAGUACGAGUGCAGACAAAUUGGACAUACUUGGUGAUUUGGGUGGAACAAAAAGAGAGCCAAGUAAAUCGAUGGAGAAGGGCAAGAGUGCACAAUCUUUACUCGACGAUAUUUUGGGUGGAUCUUCAACCAAAACCGGGGGCUCCAGCCAGUCAACGAGACCAGUUACUGCAGCAAAAAGUCAGGAAUUUGAUUUCGAUUCUAUUUUGGGGAAAAGUGAAACUAAAACUUCUGUUUCAAGCAAAAGUUUGCCACAGAAACAAACUCUACGAGAUAAUGUAAAAGAUGAAAAAGAGGUUCCUACCAAAAAAACCAAGUCCACAGGAGAUUGGCUCGGAAUCUUUCAAGAUAAAGAUGACGAUGCCAACGGUUUGGAAGAUGACACCGGAAUGCCGUCUUGGUUGGUCGGAGGGGAGUCUAAAAAGAAAAAAUCUGAAGAGAAGAAAGUUGUUGGUAAACCUGAACCUGCCACUGAAAAAGCAAAGCCAAUGCCACAAAAAGAAGAACAAACUAAAGUUGAGGAAUCCAAAGAGGAAGUGAAAAAGGACACGGACACUAUGGAGCAGAUGGUGAAACUAAAUCCUCCUUCUAACAUUCUUCAUGGAAGCAAUGAAGAUAUAACGGCAGAGGGGGCCGCUCUUUAUAUGCAACAGCAGGAGUCUCAGAUAAUGGUGGCCUUGCAGCUAAAGGCACAGGAAGAAAAACUCGCUGCUUUGCAAAUGCGUCAGAAGGAGAGUCAGCGCGUACAACGCGAGGCAGCGCAAGCGCAGCAUGCCCAACUGGACGCCAUGUUGCGGAAGCAAGCGGAGAACAGGCAGCAGAUGCAGUCCAUCAUAUCGGCGCAUCAGGAGAGGAUCACACAGAGAAUAAAGGCUCUAUUGGGUCCGGAAAACGUUGCAAAUGAAGACGUGCCAAAUUAUCAAGAAGAAUAUCAAACGGUUGGGGAUCACAAAGACGCGCCUCACACUCGGGAGAAGAAACAAUUGCUGCAGCUGGUACAGUCGCUGCAGGAGAACCAUGAUAAGGAAAUCGAUCUUAUGGAAACUUCGUAUAGGAGGCAGUUAGCAUUCCUAGAAGUAUCUCUAAAUCAAACCGAAGAAAGAAUGAAAGAGGAGAGUGAAAAACUGGUGAAGUUUUACUCGGAGAAGAUACAUUGGUUGGAGGAACAUCACAAUUUGUACAAGAAGAUGACUGAAGAGAAUUUGGUGGCUCUGACUGAUCGACAUAAGACUGAAAAUGAAAUGCUGAUUCAACAGCAUUUGGAGAAUGUUAGAGUGCUGCAGGAACACCAUGCGGCGCUGAUGGAGAAUAUCAAGAAAGCAGUUAAACAGGAACAGGUUCUCAUUCAGGAUUCAGCCAGUUUCUCGUCAGAUCUUCAAGAGUUGCUCAUAGAUGUGAAAGAAAACAAAAAUAAUUGUAAAGAAGUGUUAGAGAAAGUACAACUUUUGGUGGAGAGCACUGAACGUAGGAAUGAUGCAAGUGUGCAAGUGAGGGAAACUCAGAUAAAUGAUAUGAUACAACAACUGAAAAAGGAACGCGACAAUAUGGAUAUUGAAAAAGUUGAAAAUAGAGAAACAAUCAAAAUGCUUGAAGCAAGACUGAAGCAAAUGACUUCGAUGAUCGAGGAAGAAUCAGCAACGUUGAAACAAAAAAGAAUGGAAUUUGAAUUCGAAAAAGCAACGUUCAACAAGCAGACGGAAUUCGCUAAAAAUGUACUCAAGAAACAAGAUGAUGAAAUUAAGAUGCUGAGGGAAGACAUCCAGAAGGAAUAUCAAGAAAAAAUAACUAAAAUAGAUGAAGAAAAAGCAAAAGCUAUUAAGGAAAGCGCCUCACUUGCUAGAGAAAAAUCUAGCGUACAAAAUUUCAAGCAGGAACUUGAAAAAAUGAAAGCAGAGCUCCAAGCUCAGUUAGAAGAAGUGUCUGAGGAAAAAUCCAAAUUGAAUGUGGAGAAACAACAGCUACAUAUGGAGGAACAACGGAUUAUAGCUAAAAGUCGUGACUUAGACCUUCUUGCAAAGACUGCAAUGGAAAAACAGACCCAUGCCGACAAAAAAUAUUCCGAAGCAGAAUUUAUCCAACGCAUGUACGAAGAGAGGAUCAGGAGGAUUCAAGAGCACGUGGUUUCCCUGAACUCGAGAGAAAAGCACGUCGCCAAAGAGAAAGUGGCUUUGUCCAGAGAGAGGUUACACCUUCAUAACGAGAGGAAACAAAUAGAAAGUAGGCAGCAAUGUUCCCUGUGCAAGUCUUCGCAGAAUAUCCUGCCGUACUACGAAACAAAUUAUCCCUUACCUGAUUCUUUCAUGAACGUGGCCGUCAGUAGAGAUUACAAGAGUUCCAAUGUGACGAAUGCCAUGAAUGCUAUUGAAGAAGAAAUGGCGCAUCUGAUGGGCAGGAACCUGAAUUUGAGACAUAGUGCUGGGAUUGGGGAUCUGAGCCAUCACGCUGAUCGAUUUCAGAAUGAGGAGAGACAUCAGAAAUCGACUGAAUCUAUGCCGGAAUCGGGACCUUUUAAAGAGUAUUUGGAUCCAAAAUUCAUGAUGUUGCGUUUAGAUGUACAAAAAGUGCUGAGUAAUUUGGACCACAAUAAAAAAGAUGAUACCGACUUGGUUGCCGAGGAAGAAACUGAAGAAGAUUGAGCUAAAUUCAUUACAAAUGUAAGAUAUGUCGCUGAAUAAAAGACUG